AUGGCAACACGAUCACUUGCUCGCCGCAUCUACUCGGAUGUCUUUGCCAAAUGGCCCAAACAGGACCUGCGCCCCGACUACCAGCUCCAGGACGUGCUCGGCAAGACGGUCGACGCGCGCUUCCAAAACUACACGCCGGCCAUGGAGCGAGAGGAGAUUCUCAAGGCGAGGGCGCUCCAGUUUCUCAUCCAAGACAAGUUCAAAGACAGGUACAAGCUGCGAGGACCGAUGCUGCAGCCGAAGAGCCAGCCGACGUACUUUGACGACUUGGUGCGCGAGAUUGAGGAGGCGCCGAACCGCUCCUGGUUUGGACGACUGGGCAAGCGACUCUCGGGCAUGAUUCGUCUGCAAUAA